UAGCAUCAACACCAUUAGCUGCUAGUCCGAUACAUAAACCACAUUUCAACUAAACAUUCUCCAAAUAGGAGCUGGACGGGUUAUUAGCUGCUCCGCUCGGUCGCUGGAGCCCUCAGUCUUCACCAACGAAACACACCCUACUGAGGAAAGGAGAUAGAACAGCGUCAUAAGACGUACUAAUAUCAUUUCGUGAUUAUCACAUAAAGAUCUCGAGAGAAGGCUGAUGAUCAAGUCGUGACAGUGACAAACAUUGUUGAUUAUUGUACUUUUCAGGACCAUGGAGGUCCACAGAGCCACUAGGUGUCUCUGGCUUAUCACUCUUUUGUGCAUCCUAGUCACUGCCCAGGACUACCCGGAACCGAAUGGUAUUGGUUUUGAUGAAGCGACAAGCUGUGAGUUUGAAGGAAUCAGGUAUGCUGAUGGGGAUGAAUGGAAUCCUGAUCCCUGUACCAUUUGUCGCUGUUUGUUGGGCAACACGAUUUGUGACACCGAAGAUUGUCCAGAUAUAGAAUGUAAAACCCAGAAAUAUAUUCCUCUUGGGAAGUGUUGUCCAAUAUGUGCUGAUCCUGAACAGGUUGGACCAGAAGAAACAGUUCGCCCAGAACAGCCAUAUCCAGAUGAAGUUCCAAGUCCACAAGUACCAGCUAUUCCCAUUCCAGGACCACGGGGUGAACCAGGUGAGCCUGGUACUCCAGGGAGGACAGGAGAAGCAGGAAAUCCAGGACAGCCAGGAGCACAUGGAAUCCCAGGUGGACCAGGUCCUCCAGGACCACCAGGAGAUGUGUCAGGUUGGUUUCAGCAACUUGCACUACAACAAGGUCUCAGUGGAGAUAAAGGACCAUCUCCUGAUGCACUCAGUUUUAUGCAAGCACAAGUGGGACCUGUUGGACCUAGAGGAUCCCCUGGACCACCUGGACCUCCAGGACCUCAAGGUUUUCAAGGACUAAGAGGAGAACCAGGGGAUGGAGGUCCUCCGGGACCACCUGGUCAGCCAGGAGAGAGAGGGCUACCUGGUUUACUUGGAAAAGAUGGAGAGCCAGGUGAUGAUGGAAGGGGAGGCCCACCAGGUCCACCAGGACCACCUGGAACACGAGGAUUACCAGGAAUGCCAGGUCUACCAGGUAUUAAAGGUCAUAGGGGUUUUCCAGGUAUAGAUGGAUCUAAAGGUGAACAAGGCCCUUCAGGAGAGAAAGGUUCUAUGGGACUACAGGGUAAAAUGGGCAUUGUAGGUCCAAUGGGACCUUCUGGACCUAGAGGAGAGCGUGGAAAAGAAGGGCCUCCUGGACCUCCUGGUUUAAGAGGAAUUGAUGGUUUACCUGGACCUCCUGGGCCUCCAGGAUCAGUUGGACGUCCAGGACCACCAGGUUUUCCUGGAUUACCAGGUUCAAAGGGAGAUGCAGGCCAACCAGGACCCAAAGGCAGCCAGGGUUUACAAGGCCCAAGAGGAGAACCAGGUAGUCCAGGUAUUUCAGGGGAAGAUGGACAAAUGGGUCCUCCAGGAACGGAUGGACUACCUGGAGAAAAAGGAUCACCUGGUGACAGAGGGCCUACUGGAAUACCAGGGUUUCCUGGGGGUCGUGGCCCUCCUGGACUUUCUGGCAGUCCAGGACCUGUUGGACCUAAAGGAGCACCAGGAAUACCAGGGGAAAGAGGACAUAAAGGGGAAUCAGGCAAAAAAGGAGAAUCAGGAACAUCUGGACCACGAGGUCUUCCAGGAACUCCAGGACGAACAGGAAAACGAGGAAGAAGAGGAGCACCUGGAUCACCAGGUCAAGCUGGACCACCAGGGGAAAGAGGGGCUUUAGGACCACGAGGUUUACCUGGUCCAAAUGGUCCUGUAGGAAUGAAAGGAGCACCAGGAGAUCGUGGUUCAUCUGGACCACAGGGUAUGAAAGGUUCACAGGGAGAUACUGGAAGACCAGGUCCACAAGGCCCUCAAGGGCUCCGGGGUCCACCAGGUCGACCAGGAAUAAGAGGAAAAGAUGGAAACCCAGGAAUUAGGGGAGAACCAGGAAUUGAUGGAAAGCCUGGUGACCAAGGACCACAGGGUAUCCAAGGUCUUCCAGGUAUAAUAGGAGCACGUGGACCUAAAGGAGAUGCGGGCUUAAAUGGUCAAGAUGGUCAGCCAGGCCCUAAAGGUGAACGAGGCCCAGUUGGUGAUUCUGGAAAGCAAGGACCUGUUGGAACACCUGGUCAGCCUGGGCCCCCAGGAGAACCUGGUGAGAGGGGUGCACCAGGAUCUCAGGGUGCUCGAGGUUUUCAGGGGCUUCCAGGUAUACCGGGAAACCCAGGUCAAGCUGGUAAGGAUGGAGAACCAGGACUGCCUGGUCCUCCUGGGCAAGCUGGCCCACAUGGUGAUCGAGGAGAUCGAGGGUUCCCUGGUGAGAGAGGACAGCCGGGUGCACCUGGAGCUGCAGGCUUAAGAGGGGAACUAGGACCACCUGGACCCCAAGGAGAAAGGGGAUCACCUGGUGAAAAAGGAGCUAAAGGCCAUUCGGGACCUUCAGGUUUAGUGGGAUUACCAGGUAAAUCAGGACCACCAGGAUUGUCAGGACCUAAGGGAGACAGAGGUGACCAUGGACCACCUGGACCUGAAGGCUCCAUAGGACGGCCAGGAGAGCAAGGACCUCAAGGCCCAAUUGGACUUGUUGGACCUCCUGGGGAGCCUGGAGAAAAGGGUCCUACUGGACAACCUGGACCUGAAGGUCAACAUGGAGCUCCUGGAAACCAAGGAGACAGAGGUCCACCAGGAUCUCCUGGACCACAAGGCUUCCCUGGUCCAGUGGGUGUGCCAGGUGCUCCUGGAAGGAAAGGUGACACUGGUAAUGUGGGGCAAAAGGGUGAACAAGGAAAUACAGGAUUGUCUGGUUUACCUGGAGAAAAGGGUCCUCAGGGAAGUCCUGGAAUUCCUGGACCUAAAGGCCCAAGAGGAGAAGAAGGAAAGAAGGGAGACACAGGUUUUCCUGGUGCUCCUGGCAGACCUGGAAACCCUGGACUUGAAGGAAAACCAGGCAAUCCAGGACCUGCUGGAAUACCAGGCAUAUCGGGCAUUAAGGGAGCACAAGGAGACACAGGUAGAGCUGGAGUUCCUGGUCCUUCAGGUGAACCAGGUCUUCCAGGAUUUCCAGGACCUAAAGGUGAAGCUGGAUCAGAAGGGCCAUCAGGACCAGCUGGACCUCCGGGUCCUCUUGGACCUUCUGGAGAAAGAGGACUUCCUGGACUUCCAGGUUUACAAGGACCUCGAGGUCUUCCAGGUCGACCAGGUGCACAGGGGGAGAGAGGUGAACAAGGUACUCCUGGAUCUGAUGGACCUCCUGGACCUCAAGGACUAAUAGGUCCACCUGGAUCUCCUGGAGAACAUGGAGAACCUGGAAUAGAGGGUCGACCAGGAAAAGAAGGACAACCAGGUAUUGCUGGCCGACCAGGAGACAAAGGUCCCAGAGGAGAACCUGGUCCACCUGGUCUUAGUGGGCCACAGGGACAACAGGGACCUCCUGGACCAUCGGGACCACUUGGUCCAACAGGAAGUCGAGGAGAACGAGGUGAACCCGGUCCACGUGGUGUUACUGGCCCUCAAGGUGCUCGUGGACCUGCUGGGCCUUCAGGUAAUCCAGGAAUGAAAGGAGAGCGUGGCUUAGUUGGUGAAAAAGGCUCAAAAGGACACAGAGGACUCAUUGGUUUACAAGGAUUACCAGGACCACACGGUCCUCCAGGAGACAAAGGAAUGACAGGUCCACCAGGCCUUCCUGGUAUGGAGGGACCUUCAGGUCCUAAGGGUCCUCAAGGUAGAGAUGGUCAACCAGGGUCUCCAGGCCCAAUGGGACCGCCUGGACCAAGAGGUCUAUCAGGAGAUGCUGGUCGAGAAGGUCCUUUAGGUCCACCUGGGCCCCCAGGUCCACCAGGCCCACCUGGUGAUUCUUUUGGAUAUGAUGCAAGUGCUCUUGCUGCUCUCCUUAGUCAAGGACAGGUUAAGGGCCCAGAUCCACUGUUAGGAGAUGAACCAGAAAAACUCUUCUCACCAAACACACCUGUGGAAGAAAAGAAAAAAUUGGUGUUUGAGUUUUAUGACAAAUUAGUUGAAGAGUAUGAACAGUACCGAAAACCAAAUGGUAACAAAAAUACUCCAGCUAAGACUUGUAAAGAUCUAGCUAUUGCUAGAGCAGAUCUUCCAAGUGGAAACUACUGGAUUGAUCCAAAUCAAGGGGACACUAAAGAUUCCAUUGAAGUGUAUUGUGACAUGGAGAAGAAAGCUACUUGUGUCUAUCCUAAACCUGAUAAGAUUCCUAAAGACACUCAUCAUAGAGGAAGAUCAGGCUAUACUUGGUAUAGUGAAAUGGAGAAUGGAUUUUCUUUCACCUAUAAAGCUGACCGUAUACAGCUUAGUUUCCUACAACUCUUCAGUGAGAAAGCUGUACAGAAUAUUACCUACCACUGCCGAAACUCUGUCGUUUAUCAUUUUGCUAAGAAAAAUAACUUGAAACGAGCUGCCAAGUUAAUGUCAUACAAUGACUUAGAACUUACUGCCAUGGGUAACCCUAUGUUUACAUACAAGGCUCUAAAGGAUGACUGCCAGUUCAGAUCAAAUAACUGGUCAGAGACAGUAUUAGAGUAUCGUACCAAUAAACCACAGAGGUUACCCAUUGUAGAUAUCGCUCUUCGUGAUGUUGGGUCAAGAAACCAGCAAUUUGGCCUUGACCUAGGACCUGUAUGCUUCUUUUAAACAUGUUGUUUAACUGUCUUUUUUUUUCUUUGAGAGAAUCGUUCAUAGCCAUUAGUUGAUAAAUGCAUGUUUAUUAAAGAUAAUGUUAUUUUACAAUUUUAUUUUAAGCUGUAUCGAUUUUGUGAAUAUCUGGUUGCUGAUUAUGCCAACCACAACAGACCACUGCCAUCUGUGAUUGUGUAUGUGACUUUUAUCCAGUAAUAAAUUGUUUGUAGCUUUUAUGAAAA